AUAAAUCUCCAAGGAAAAACCGGUUUCAAGAGGUAAUCUGGCAACGAUCUCCGCACAAAAAGCGGAUUUGUUAUAGAACGAGCCAAAAAUGCAGGUCAAACUCCACCCGAAGAACACUUUUACAAUAAUUAUGGUCGUAGGAUUUCUCUACUUGGCUUAUUUAAUAUUUUUCGAGAGUGGAGAUGGAAUGCCAGAAAUCGAUGUAGAUUUAAAGGAUGUGAUCAGCUACGCCGUACUUGCAAUUGAGAUGGGCGGUCACGCAGUAAUGAAGGUUAACGAGGAGAAAAACCUAAACGCCGCUGCAAAGGGUCUAACGGACGAAGGAAAAGAGGAGCUUCUAACAAGAGCAGAUUUAAUCUCAAAUCAUCUAAUUCUGGAUAUUUUACAACGAUUUCCGCAGUUACAGAUAGUUUCUGAGGAAAAAAAGUCGGAAUUCUCCGAAAGAGAGAUCGAACCCUAUCGAUUGGAUAAUUACGCGGUUUGGCAAUCGGUGAAGGAGAUUCUCGACAAAAUUCCCAGUAGGAGACUUCAACUUUCUGAUGUUCGAGUUUUCGUGGAUCCAUUAGAUGCUACUCAGGAGUUUACAGAAGGACUCACCGAAUAUGUCACCGUAAUGGCAUGUAUUGUAUUGGACGCGGAGCCCAUUUUCGGAGCAAUUUACCGCCCGUUUUUCAAUGAAACCAUUUUCGGCCUACAAGGUUUUGGAGUAAUAACAUCAGAUGGAGUACGACUAAAUCCAAUUGAAGACUCAAAAACCGCCAAAAAAGUGGUCGUAUCGAGAAGUCAUGCGGGAAAAGUGAAGGAAAUUGUAGAAAAAGUGUAUGGAGACAAAAUGAACAUUGAGCCGGCAGGUGGCAGUGGUUAUAAGACGCUUCGACUUGUUAAUGGAACUGCUGAACUCUACCUUCACACAACUGCAAUCAAAAAAUGGGAUACCUGUGCGGGAGACGCAAUUCUACGAACAAUGGGCGGAGCUAUGUUGGAUUUAGAGGGACAACCUCUGAGAUACUCCUCUGCUGACCCACUUCUGAACAAAAAAGGACUCCUCGCAACCGUCCGAAAUCCUUAUUCAUAUUUGAACAAGUUCCAAGGAAUUCAGAUUUUAUAAUUUUAAUUUUUUAGUUUUUUUCCUAUUUUUUUUUUGCAUUUUACCAUUUUAAAACGGGUUUUUUCCUUUGACAUUUUGUAUGUAAAUAAAUGAUUUUUUUUU